AUGUCGCUGGAUCACGAAUUGACCUCGCUGGUGCCUAAAAAGACGCUCAUUACGGCGGCCUUCGACGGGGCCCACUCCUCAUCUGAAGACGUCUCCCUGCUUCACAGCGACAGCUCCGGCGGUUUCUCCCCGCAGAAGACCCACAGCGAGCGCACACAUUCAACAAACAAUGACAGCGUCUCAAGUGACCAUGAAAAUGUGAUGGAGUGUGGCAGCCCGAAGCCACCGAUGGAAUACUUGGCCGAUCUCGUGAAGGAGAAGAAACAAAUUGAAGCCUUUUCACCGUUGUUUCCGACGCUUGAGCGCCUCCUUGAAGCCGAAAUUACUCGCAUCCGGGCCCUGAUCUUCCACUCGGAAUUUGAAACUGAAGACUUGCAUUUGCCUGACGAGACCGGUCCACUCGUGGUUCUGACGGAAAAAUUGUUUGUCCCGACCGCAGAGUUCCCAACGUACAACUUUAUCGGUCGCAUUCUCGGCCCACGCGGUAUGACGGCCAAACAAUUGGAGCAGGAAACGGGCUGUAAGAUGAUGGUGCGCGGCAAGGGCUCGAUGCGUGACCGCAAGAAGGAACAAAUGAACCGUGGCAAGGUCAACUGGGAACACCUUGAUGAGGAACUACACGUGCUCAUUCAAUGCGAAGACACCGAGAAGAGAGCGCGUAUGAAGCUCGACAACGCGGUUCGCAACGUGCGCAAGCUGCUCAACCCACUACCCGAUGGAACGGAUGAGCUGAAGCGGAAACAGCUGAUUGAGCUUGCGAUACUGAAUGGCACAUUCAAGCCGUAUCGCAAUGCGCAUGCUCUACCUCGCUUCAACGCUCAUUCGCCAUUGUCGGUCCAACGAUGCAUCUACACGCAUCGCAACUCUCCGAGCCCGCUGACGUUCCACAUGGUUCCUCCUUCACCGGGCUUCAAUUCACCAUCUUUCGAUUACAAGCUCAGCCCAUCCGUCUACGAGGCAUUCUCGGCCCCACCGGUCUCGCCAUAUCCGCACCCGAAGCACGCCGACGCCCCACAGAUGGUGCCUCCGCACACCCCGGUGUCGAACAUGACUCCGUAUUGCAACGGCACACUGUCUCUUCAUGGCGGCCAAUUCUUCCACGACAUGCACCAGCAC